AUGACACACGGCGGAGACGUAGGGGCCAACUCCAGCUUUGAAGUGUCCGCACUUGCGGCUAAAGUGCAAGGCUGUAGAGAUGCAGUUGCACCGUUUGGCCGUAAGGCCUUUGACGGUACCUACUGUACAUUUGUCUGCUCUGUUUCGGAGAACCCACCAGAGGUCAUUCUCCAAGGUGAAUAUGACCUAGUUGUUAUCGGUGGCGGACCAGGGGGAUAUGUGGCGGCGAUCAAGGCUGCACAGCUAGGUCUGAAGACGGCCUGUGUGGAAAAGAGGGGAGCUCUAGGAGGCACGUGCUUGAAUGUUGGAUGUAUCCCUUCGAAGGCAUUGCUGAACAUGAGCCACAAGUAUAAGGAAGCCUCGUCCGAUUUCAGUAGAUUCGGUAUACGAGUCUCAGAUGUUUCUGUGGACAUAUCGUCGAUGCAGAACUACAAGGAUAAGAUCGUCUUGGGCCUCACGCAGGGCAUUGAAGGCCUUUUCAAGCGAAACAAAGUCGCCUAUCUCAAAGGCACGGGGAGGCUUGCCGGUCCUCACGCCGUACAGGUUCAUCCAAUUGACGCUGGAGACCCCCAGAUAUUGACGGCAAAAAAUGUCAUCCUUGCAACUGGCUCUGAACCGGCGCCUCUCGUUGGGGGUGCUCUAGAGGUUGAUGAGGAGACGAUUGUCAGCUCCACAGGGGCCUUGGCUCUGCCUAGAGUGCCGAAGCAUCUAGUUGUUGUUGGAGGAGGCGUAAUUGGCCUUGAACUUGGCAGCGUCUGGCGAAAUUUAGGAGCUGAAGUGACCGUCGUUGAGUUUUGUGACAAGAUCAUACCCGCCCUGGACGCGGAGAUCGGGAGAGCUUUCCAAAAGCUACUUGAAAGGCAGGGCAUCAAGUUCAUGUUCGGCACGAAAGUUGUUGGAUCGCAGAAAACGGAUGGCGGAGUGACGCUGUCGCUUGAGAAUGUCAAAAGCGGAGAUGCGUCGGAGGUACAAUGUGAUGUAGUCCUCGUGGCAGUGGGACGCAGACCGUACACAAAGAACUUGGGCCUGGAGGAGCUGGGCAUCAAUCUCGACAACAGGGGGCGUGUUGUGGUAAACGAGCAGAUGCAAGUGCCUAACUACCCAAACAUCAUGGCAAUAGGCGACCUCAUUCAAGGACCCAUGCUGGCCCACAAGGCGGAGGAAGAAGGUAUUGCAUGCGUGGAGCGACUGGCCGGGAAAGGUGAUGGUACUGUCCGCCAUGACACUAUCCCGUCGGUCAUUUACACUCAUCCGGAACUAGCAGGAGUAGGGAAGACUGAAGAGCAGCUGAAAGCUGAGGGCGUGGUGUACAAGCGUGGAGCCUUCCCUUUUGCUGCUAACAGUAGGGCGCGCGCAACAGGCGACUCUGAUGGUUUGGUGAAGGUACUGACGUGCAAGGAAACCGAUAAGAUCUUAGGCGUGUGGAUCCUCGGUCCCAAUGCAGGCGAACUAAUUGCCGAGGCUGUGCUGGCUAUGGAGUAUGGCGCGUCCAGUGAGGACCUUGGUCGUGUUUGCCACGCCCAUCCGACGCAGAGUGAAGCUUUGAAGGAAGCUUGCAUGGCUUGUUUCGACAAGCCCAUACACAUCGCCUAA